AUGUCCUCGUAUCAAGUCACCUUUGCCGAGCGAUCGGGAUUGACCUUGCCCCUUCGGCAAGACUUCUCGGUCUUGUCGAUGCAUCAGGUUGAGGUUGAGACCAUCCGCGAGUUUGUCGAUGCCGAUAUUCUAUCCAGCCGGCCGGUUCAGCCACUCUACCGCGCAACACCGACAGGCUACGCCGGAAGUGGCGCGCCCAUUCAGUCUGCCGAUUGGUGGACCUGCUGUAAUUGCAACUCACUUACCAACCCAGCCCUGGCACCAGAUCGCUGCCCACUCUGCGCGCACUACAAGUGUGGCGAGUGCACUAAAACCGUCGUCUGA